AUUUGUACUUGAUCAUGAGGAAUUGCGAGCGAAGAUGGCACCCGACGCGCUCAAGACUCGCAAGCGGUCGGACUAUAAGUUUGAACUGGAAUACAGGACGCGAUGGAGCGACAAUGACAUGUAUCACCACCUGAACAACAGUAUAUAUUACUUUCUAUUCGAUUCCGUAGUAAACACCUACCUCAUCAAACAUUGCUCUCUCCAUCCUCCUACAUCGUCCCAGAUCGGCCUUGUGGUGCACUCGCAUUGCGACUACUUCGCCCCUAUUGAGUUUCCAGCCGUUGUCGACCUCGCCUUACGGGUUGUGAAACUUGGCAAGAGUUCCGUGACCUAUGAAAUUGGCGUCUUCGAGCGUGGACAUGCAGAUGUGAAGGCCGUCGGGGAGUUCGUACACGUCUUCGUAGAUCGCGAAAGCAGGAAGCCGGGCAAGCAGGGCAUGGCAAACAAUCUCAAGGAAGGUUUACAAAACAUAUUUGUGGACAGCGCAAAGUUGUGAGCCGAUCGCAUUAGGGUCUGGUUCGCAUUCACCACGCAGCUCCCUGAACAGGCGGAACAGAAGGCGAGAUGAGACCUCCACCAAUGCACUAUCCGAGCGGUAUUGAAAGAGAUAUUGUUCUGAGAUGAAACUGCACAGUAGGUCCAUAUAGUACAACGAGCGAGCUGCGGGUGCUAUGGAGUCGUACUUGUCCGCAAUCAACAAUGUCUGCGGUCUGUUGACCACCAUAUAUGAGUAGAGAACAAUAUCGAAAGAUGACUGUACAUCAUAUUAACCGCACAAUAACAAUGUUCACAGCAUUAA